UGCUGUGUGCUGCAGCUAGCUAUAGACAAGCAGACGCUAAACCACUGCCCGGGUUUACUGCAACGUUUGAUAAACUUGCUCACUUACAAAGUAAGCUAUUUUUAUUUACCUGCAAAAAUAACCCAACCACCUAUGGAAGAAAUGGAAGAAGAAUUAAAAUGCCCAGUUUGCGGAUCGCUGUUCCGGGAACCCAUCAUAUUGCCAUGCUCCCACAACAUCUGCUUGGCGUGCGCCCGGAAUAUUUCAGUCCAGACCCCUGACGCCGAAUCUCCGCAGAGUAGCCGGGCUUCUGGCUCGGGGGUCUCGGAUUAUGACUACCUGGAUUUGGAUAAAAUGAGCUUGUACAGCGAGGCGGACAGCGGCUACGGCUCGUACGGGGGCUUCGCUAGUGUCCCGACUACCCCUUGCCAGAAAUCCCCGAGCGGGGUGCGGGUUUUCCCCCCAACCGCCCCUCCUCCUCCUCCCCAGCAUCACCUGCUUCUGCACCCAGGCUCCUUACCCCCCAUCCCCCGCAACUCCUGCAUUACCUGCCCGCAGUGCCAUCGUAGCCUAAUUCUGGACGACCGGGGGCUCCGCAGUUUCCCCAAGAACAGGGUGCUGGAAGGAGUGGUCGAUCGGUACCAGCAGAGCAAAGCGGCCGCCUUGAGGUGUCAGUUGUGCGAAAAGAGCCCCAAGGAGGCCACGGUAAUGUGCGAGCAGUGCGACGUCUUCUACUGCGACCCGUGCCGCCUGCGGUGCCACCCUCCGCGGGGCCCGCUCGCCAAGCACCACCUGGUACCUCCAGCCCAGGGCCGGGUGAGCCGCAGGCUUAGCCCCCGGAAAAUCUCCACUUGUACCGAGCACGAACUGGAGAACCACAGCAUGUACUGUGUCCAGUGCAAGAUUCCAGUCUGUUACCAGUGUCUGGAAGAAGGAAAGCACUCCAGCCACGAAGUUAAGGCGCUGGGAGCGAUGUGGAAGUUACACAAGGGUCAGCUGUCCCUGGCUCUGAACAUCCUCUCGGACCGGGCCAAGGAAGCCAAGGAGUUUCUGGUGCAGCUGAGGAACAUGGUCCAACAGAUUCAGGAGAACAGCGUGGAGUUGGAGGCCUGCCUGGUGGCUCAGUGUGACGCUCUCAUCGACGCGUUGAACCGGAGGAAAGCGCAGCUGCUGUCCCGGGUCAACAAGGAGCACGAGCACAAACUCAAGGUGGUCCGUGAUCAGAUCUCGCACUGCACAGUCAAGCUGCGCCAGACCACCGGCCUGAUGGAGUACUGCCUGGAGGUCAUCAAGGAGAACGACCCCAGCGGCUUCCUGCAGAUCUCGGACGCUUUGAUCCGGAGGGUCCACAUGACAGAGAAUCAGUGGGGGAAGGCCACCCUGACCCCCAGAAUGACCACCGACUUUGACCUGACUCUGGACAGCGGGCCCCUGCUGCAGACUAUCCACCAGCUGGACUUCGUGCAGAUAAAAGUUCCCUCCCCAGUGCCGGCCACCCCUAUCCUCCAGCUGGAAGAGUGCUGCACGCACAACAACAGCGCCACGUUGUCAUGGAAACAGCCCCCCCUCUCCACCGUGCAGGUGGACGGCUAUAUCCUGGAACUCGACGACGGUAACGGAGGGCAGUUCAGGGAGGUGUACGUGGGGAAGGAGACCAUGUGCACGGUGGACGGGCUGCACUUCAACAGCACCUACAGCUCGCGGGUCAAAGCCUUCAACAAGUCCGGAGUGGGGCAGUACAGCAAGACCCUGGUGAUGCAGACCGCAGAGACUGGAUACACUUCAUGUGUUUUAAACACUAUGGGAGCAGUCGCCUGGUUCACCUUCGACCCCAGCUCCGCCCACCCUGACAUCAUCUUCUCAAAUGACAACCUGACAGUGACGUGCAACAGCUACGACGACCGCGUGGUGCUGGGGAAAACGGGCUUCUCGCGCGGGGUACACUACUGGGAGCUGAGCGUGGAUCGCUACGACAACCACCCCGACCCCGCCUUCGGAGUGGCGCGCGCGGACGUGCUGAAGGACGUGAUGCUGGGCAAGGACGACAAGGCCUGGGCCAUGUAUGUGGACAACAACCGCUCCUGGUUCAUGCACAGCAACUCCCACACCAACAGGACGGAUGGGGGGAUCAGUAAGGGCACCACGGUGGGGGUGCUUCUGGACCUGGCUCACGGGACCCUGACGUUUUCAGUGAACGACGAGCAGCAGGGUCCCAUCGCCUUCGACAGCAUGGAGGGCCUCUUCUUCCCUGCCAUCAGUCUCAACAGAAACGUGCAGGUCACUCUUCACACUGGGCUGCCCAUCCCCGAGUUCCACACUGCAAGGAACCCUGAGCCCCCCAGUUCAGUGUGUUAAUGACACCGCCGGCCAUGUGGGCUGGGUGCUUCUGACAUCACCAUGCCUGUAAUCAGCCUGCGCAAACAGCCAAGGAAACUGCAUCACUGGAAUGAAGAAUUGGAGUUUGAAAAUAAGUACUGGGAGGCAGUUAUACUUUUUAGAGCCGGAUCAAAAUGUGCUUUUUUACCUUCAUCCAAAACCCCCAGAUAUUUCCGUUGUAAAGCUUCAAGCUCUGCAUCGCAUUUACUACUGCUGACGAUUUUUCUGCUUUCUUUUUGUUUAUUUUAUAUAACCUUAAUUUUACUUAAUUUUAUAUUAUUUAUUAUUUUGUUGAUCCGCCCAUCGGUCUCUGGAGAUUUCCCUUGUAAGACCCGCUAGUCUGCUCAUAGCCAGGAGGAAUGCACUGGACACUGGACACUGGACACUGUACACUGUACACUGGACACUAUACACUGGACACUGGACACUAUACACUG